AUUUUUUUUAAUGAGAUCAGUGUCCUCAAUAUAUUUUGAUCAAUUGGAAGUCAAUUUAGCAUGAUGUCUGAGUCUGAUAAAAUUAAAUAAAUUACUCUUCAUUUCCUCUAGAUAAAAGGUCUUUGUGAACACGUGUGUGGAGUAUUGUGAGUAUUCUCGGGGAGAACAUUAUGUAGUAAAAGUCCACAAGGUAUUGAGAUGCUUGAAAAGCGAUUUCACAUGAUUUUCCCACACAGACUCUUCAAUCUGCGCCACACGCCUCCACGCAAAAGAAAUCUCCACCAAAACUGCUUUAUAUUCUGUGGCGCGUAGAAUUUUCCCAACAGUUGGUCGUUGGAAACUGGGAAAAUCACUUGAGGAAGAGAAAAUUAUUCAUUGACAAUACUAAGGUGUCCUCUAAAAACGAAAGUUUAUUGUGAUUUCUGUGGGGUGUUUUGCUUGUAAAAUAUAUUUUCAUGGCUGGAGGAAAUUAAUGUGAAGGAAACAACGAAUUUACUCUCUAACAAAAGACAUUUUUGGCGCGCUCUUAUUCUUCAUUUACACAAAAAAGAAACAAAAAGAAAAAAAUCGGUUUCAAUUUUGUGUCUUUCAGCAAGAGACUUAAAAAAAAAAGUAUUUUGUAAAAUAUGUCACAGUGUUAAAUUUUGUGUCUAUUGCGUCAAAGUCUCUGUUUGGAUGUGAUUUUAAUUAUAAAUAAAAUCAGACUGAAGAAUAUUGUAUAAAUAUAUUGUUGAGUGUGUGAGAACAUUUACUGUAAUAAUAUACUUUUCAAAAGACGAAAUGUUGAGUGAUGUCAUUAAAACAGAGUUAUUAAAUUGCAAGCAACAGGGAAAAUGUAGAAAUUUCUUAUAAAAUAUCACAAAAUAGUGCAACUUGGAGUGAAAUGGUAGAAUGGAAAACAGGUGGAAAUUUAUAAAGUCUUCAGGGAUGAAAAAUCCUUACAACAUAUUCACAAUUUCAACCCUAAAGGGACUUUUUUAGAGCUUCACAAUUAAGAUUGGAAAAAGAGAAAUUUCUUUUAACAAAAUAAAUUCAAUAUUUCCACCACUCACAAUCAUUCCAUCGUUUCUUUCCGCGAAAAUAGCACAAGAGUAACAAUUCUGUGCCAGAAAUAUUUUCCUAAAUUCACUCCCCAGACCCAGUGUUUUAAUUAUAAACGCAUUGAAACAUUUAUUAUUAUUAAAUAUUUCUCCAUUGAGUGACACAGUGGAUCAGUGUCGAAGAUUUUCCAAGGAGUUGUGUGUGUCAAAAAUGAUGACCACAUCACCAAAGUCCUCACUUGCAAAGCUUGGACUGCAUUCAAACAAGAGCAAGACAUUCAAAGUGCUUAUUAUUGGCCACAGCGGUGUCGGAAAGACAGCGAUGGUAGUAAGGUUUAUUACCAAGAGAUUCAUUGGCAGCUACGACAGCAGCGACGAGAAAAUUUACUCUUACACAACUGUGAUUGAUAAUGAAAUUGUCGCCUUCGACAUUGCAGAUCGGCCAGGACACUUCAAUACUACAGACUUGGAAAAGUACAAGAAUUCGGAGAGGAAGGCUCUCGAUUUGGAGACACAGUGCAGAUGGGCUGACGCCUUCAUUCUUGUCUACUCCGUCACAGAUAAGUGCAGCUUCGACGAGUGCAACCGCCUCAAGUUUCUCAUAAAUUACAACAAGAGGCGACGUAAACUAACAAACAAGGAAAGCCUAAUGGAUGUGCCUGUGAUUUUGGUGGGGAACAAGAAUGACCAAUGGGGUGAUCGGAUGGUGUCCAACGAAGAGGGCUAUCGACGCUCCAAGGAAAUCAGCUGUGUCUGCUUUCAUGAGAUCUCAGCCAGAGAAAGUGCCGAUCAGGUGAUGGCGGUCUUCCGGGAUGCCACACGUUAUUGGCGUGUCCUCAGUAAAUCCCCAAAGCUCAAACGUUCCACCAGUGAGACAGCCAGUGAACUAGUCAUUAGUCCAGAUACACUGACACCCUGUCUCCUGCCCAGCGACGGAACCACCACACCCACCGCCACAACUCCCACCGUGAAGAGUGAGAAACGGAUGUCAAUGCUCUUCUUCGGACGACUCUGGGCAGAGAGUAGUCCGGAUGAGAAUGAGGAACUGCAAUCUCAGGAGUCUGAUGCUAAGCAAAAUGGUCCAUUCCGCGAGCGUGCCUCCACCGAUGGCACUCUCCUUUCGCGCCCACGACGAUGGCGCUUUCCGCCACCCACAACGUCCGGAAGUGGUUCUUUGACCCCGCAUCCACGCAGCGAGCGCCGCAUGAGCAUCUCCCUGCGUGGCAGCAACACCAAUUCCAGCUAUUAACCCCAACCGAGAGACGUGUUUGCCAUCCACCAACCCCACAAUUCUGGGACAGAUGUUUGAGUUUGAACCUCUUAAAGGCUUAGGGAUGGGAAUUUCGGGAUGGGCUGAGUUUAAAAGAGACUUUAAUUGGGAAUGAUUUACUUUCUUUCCAAGAAGUGUCUUGUCCUCUUUAAAUUUAAUUGAAAGAGAUUUUUUAUAAGAGUUGUACAGAGAAAAAAAUUAUAGAAUUUGCACUUAUAUGA